UUGCUGGCCACCAACCAACAAUCAUUACCAUCAACGACAUCCACGAACAGGAUCCAAACGGCCGCCGACAUGCGAUAUCUGCACGAUUUGAAUGUCCAAAUGUCCCAGAAGCGCCGCUCCGUUUCCGUCUCCAAGCAACUGGACAGGGAUUUGUGCAACCAGCACUUCGAUACCUUCGAAACAUUCUGGGGACGACCAGGACACGGAGCACGCGGCGAUAAGAUCAACAAAUUAAAACUGGACAAUCUUCUCUACGGUGCCAGCGAGUCCUCCUAAAUGCCUCCCAAAAGGAUAUGCACCAUGUGGAUUCGUGGACACACAUCGCUGCUUCCGGCACUACUCGGCUCGUAGUUUGUGUGCUGCACAUCAUCUGCUCAGAAAUCAAUCGAUGCCAAGGUCCUGCAUCCUGUAUCCUGCACAGUAAACCAAUCAGUUUAGCUGAAUAGAAAACUUUACCAUUUCUAUACUUCAAACCUAAAAAAUUUUGCCAACUUGCCGCGUCUAGUAAGUUGACCAAAGUUUUAAAUAAGUCAGCUGGGUUUCAAAGGAUAAUAAAAGUUGGAAAAUUAAAAAACGGUUCAAGGUAAGGAACUAAAUCUAGUUAGCUUUAUAAAUAUUUAAUACAUAAGAUAACUAAUAGAUGGAACUUAAAAAGAUGAUUCUUUAAAAGU